CCGAACAAUUUCUAUCAUGUCUCCCUGACCUCACUACUCUCAGACUUCCAAACAUGGACCAAUAUCCAUGUCUGCUUCUGGCAUCUCUUCCAGAUUGCUGUGCAGGACUUAAGGAAUUGUCGCUGGCAUUUAGGAGAUUUUGCAGCCACUCUGGGAGCUGCAUGGAAUGUAACAGUCGUUUCGAGAAAUUGGAGACCUUGGCGAUUAAGUGCCCUAGCUCCGUGGUACCAUCGCAACUAGCACAUAUCAUAUCAUGCACCAACAUCUUAGGAAGCAUGUCCUUGGCAUGUGAAAGAAUUGACGAGGAUUUUAUUGAGUCUCUUGAAACCUUGAGACACGUACAUAGGGUUCUUGUUGAAGUAAAUUCAAUCGAGCGGGAUACACUAGAUUGCCUCCUCCAAAAGAUCCCGGGUCUCAAACAAUUCAAAUUGGCGUUUGGUGGGAGGCACGAGGCUGAAUUAAUCAAUACAUUCACGGCACUUUCGUCUUCCAGCAAUAUCAGUGAGCUAGAUGUCAGUUACAUUAUUCCGGAUACCCCUUAUUCAGAUCGACCACCACCAAGUCCUGCACUCAUGAGGAAUAUGCACGACCUGAUUGUCAAGCUCCGGAACCUCAGGAUUCUAGCCAUGACGGAUGUACCCCUUGGCAACACGGCAACUCUUGAAAUACUCCAAGAUAUGAGGUCUGAAAAGAUCACUGUAACUGACUUACGACUUAUUCGAUGCAAUACGCAAUCCAGUGGUCCCUUCGAUAUCUGUAGAGAGAUCCGAAGAAAGGGCUGUGACGUUACAAUUGUCCAUGGGACACCCGGUUGCAAGCAUAAUUCGGAGCCAACUGAAUCAAGGGGAGGGCAGUCGGUUAUUGGUGCAGAAGGAAUACAGCUAUCCAGAGAUGCGCGGGAUGACAGGGGUGGACAAGCAACUCGUCCCAAGAGAUCAAAAUCGUGGCGACCGACGAUUCCUUUACAACGGCCGUCAGUUGAAUCUACAGAAGAUAAUGAACUCAUGCCAGAGAUACCGCCUCCGAAGCGGUCUUCCUCGAGACAUCAGUCAAAGGCUGUGGUGUCUCCUGAGGGAUCUUCUUCCGGAGUAGGGGACCCACAGAUGACGUCAGCCGAGGAGCGUUUGCUAAUGGUUUCUCUUCCGGUUCUUUUGCCUCACACUCUCAAAAUGAAGCUUUCAGAGCAACUCCAAUCCAAUACCUUCACAGGCAAUGACUGGAGAGCUCUUGCUGAAAAAUUUCACAUCGAUAAGUAUGCAGCUCGCAUGAGUAGACAUCCAAAUCCUCCGGAAGCACUGUUCGACGUUGCUAUGGAGAGAAGAUGUUUUACAUCACUUGAAGAAUUGGCAGAUGUAUUUGAGAGCAUUGAACGGGAGGAUUGCAAACAUGAAGUCAUGAAGUACAUGCAGCAAAUGAACGACGAAUGAGGAUAAAAUAAGUUUGUUACCAUAUGAUAUUUAAACUUAUUACCCUUUUUACUUUAAUACCUCGUAAUCUGUUCUCCAAAUCUAUUUUUAUGGGCAAGUUAACGACGUACAAGUAUCUCGUUUGUCAUUCAAUUAUUUAAUACCUUUGGACAGGUAGAAGUGUGACAUAGUCAUGAUAAUGGUAAUUUGGCAACAUAGGAAAUGUUUCAUCAUCAGUUUUGUCGGACAAGUUUCGACAACUUUCCGUGAUUCUGAUUGGCUGAGACUCCUAAGAGGCACUGAUAACAUAACUGUCGAAUAUACAGAUUUCGUCGAAUAAAACUUCUGAGUCGUUUCAUGAAUCGCCCCCCCCCCUGGUGGAAAUGCAGAGUCGAGGAAGAAAAGAAAAAUGAAAAAUCCAUAUUUGAUUGUUCCAAAUUCAAAUUAGAAAUAGAUAUCCUCGCGGAAUUAAUCUUGCCUAAUCGAUCGUGGGUCCGGUAGACACUCAGCAGCGCCAGAUCGACGUUGCCCUAUAAAAGCAGCAACUCCCGUUUUGUAACAUCUUUUGGUCUGACGCGGCCGGGGCUUGAACACACAACCUCCCGAUUGUGAGGCAAACGCUCUAACUCUCACCAACGGAGCCAACAUUGGGUGUGUAUCGCGCCUAUCGACAUAGUAUCACGCUGUUUCAUUUAGAGGUGGUUUGGUGGCGAUAUGAAAUUCUGGGCUUUUUGCAUUCACUGCGGAGAACUCUACAACGCAGCACUUCCUUUGAUAAUGAAAGCCAAAUCACAACCUGAUAAUGGAGAGCUGAAAGACCUUUGUCGAAAGUUUGUGGACCGCGGGACAGCAUAGGAAAAUCUUGACUCUGGAUGACGACAUACAGGCGCGGAUCCAGGUGGGGGCCGAGCCGGCCCC